GCGGCUUCGAAGACAGAGCCGUGCCGACAGCCCAGCAAUCAGGACGUUUUUCAAAGCGAGAAGUGUGUAUGGUCGGGUUCGCGGUGCGAUUUUGUUUCAAUCCUUUUUUUAUUUAUUUACCCCUCGCAUUGUCAACCUCAGUUGUUUAGUUUUUUCAAAUCUAAUACCACGGAGUAAGAGAGUUUUACCGCGACAAGAGACACAGUGGCGUGUGAUUUAUUCUCAAGGUGAACUUCGAACCCGUUCGUUGGUACCAGUGACUUGGCAAGAACCUGUGUGAUCAUUACUGUGCAGUUACAAACGCUCAAGAUGAGCUCACACACAGAUGGCCUCGUAGCUAAGGCGAUCUUCCUUUUGGCACUGCUGACAGGAAGUUACGCUGCUCUAGCUAGGACAGCAUUCGAGAAGUUGACUGACUACGACUAUCGAGGAACGACAUAUUACAGUGUUAGAAAUUUGUCCCUUUAUGAAUGUCAAGGAUGGUGCAGAGAAGAGGCAGAGUGUCAGGCGGCGGCUUUCUCGUUUGUGGUCAAUCCUCUGGCACCCAUGCAAGAUACACUUUGUGAAUUGCAAAAUGAAACUUCCGCAACGAAUCCUUCUGCGCAACCUCAGAAGGCCGCGAAUAUGUACUACAUGACUAAGCUGCAAAUCAGAUCUGAAAACGUUUGCCUAAGACCAUGGUCCUUUGAGCGUGUGCCAAAUAAGAUGAUUCGGGGCCUUGACAAUGCCCUAAUCUAUACCUCGACAAAGGAAGCGUGUUUGGCAGCUUGUCUGAAUGAACAUCGAUUUACAUGUCGUUCUGUGGAAUAUAAUUACGUCACCCUUCAAUGUCACCUAAGCGAUUCGGACAGGAGGACAAGUGGCCAAUUUAUACAAUUUGUAGAAGCGCAGGGAGUGGACUAUUUCGAAAAUCUUUGUCUCAAAGGAAAAGAAGCAUGUAAAACGAAACGGAAGUUUGUGGUGCCCAGAAUUGGGGUGAGCGAAGACAAGAUCGCCCAGUAUGCUGGUUUAAAUUAUUAUACGGACAAAGAGCUUCAAGUUCAAAAUGAGUCGGCAUGCAGACUAGCCUGUGAGAUCGAGAACGAAUUCCUUUGUAGGUCCUAUGUCUACCGUGGCCUCCCUCUGGGCAGUACUUACAAUUGCCAACUUUUUCAUCUUGACCACUGGACUCUUCCUGAUGGAGCUAACGCCUACCUGAACGCCGAAAGACCUCUAAUUGAUAACGGAGAAAGAAUUGGCUCAUACUUUGAAAACAUAUGCGAAAAAAUCACUGAACCCAUUACACCUAGUGCAUCUAUCGAAUCCACUGAAUCUCCAUCAGGCUCCAAACUUGUUCCCGAAAAGGAGAACUGUGAUAAGACUGGAACUUGCUAUGACGUGUCCGUCGACUGCAAAGAUACACGUAUCGCGGUUCAAGUGAAGACGAAUAAGCCAUUCAAUGGACGUAUUUACGCUUUGGGACGUUCGGAAACUUGCAAUAAUGACAUCAUCAACAGUGACCUAUUCAGACUUGAUUUGACCAUGAGUGGUCAGGACUGUAAUACUCAAAGCGUGCUGCCUGUUGACCUGCAGCGUGACGGUUUUCAGACUGGAAUUUAUUCGAACACAGUUGUAUUACAACACCACUCAGUGGUAAUGACUAAAGCCGACAAGAUCUACAAGGUCAAGUGUACAUACGACAUGUCUUCCAAGAACAUCACCUUCGGGAUGAUGCCAAUUAGAGAUCCAGACAUGAUAAGCAUCACUAGUGCACCUGAAGCACCACCUCCAAGGAUCAGGAUUCUAGACAGCAGGACGCGGGAGGUUGAGACUGUUCGCAUUGGAGACAAGCUUACCUUCAGAAUUGAAAUUCCCGAAGACACUCCUUAUGGAAUAUUCGCCCGCAGCUGUGUAGCUAUGGCUAAAGACUCAAAGAGCACUUUCCAAAUCAUCGACGAUGAAGGAUGUCCACUAGAUCCUUCAAUUUUUCCGAGCUUCACACCUGACGGAAACGCUUUGCAAUCAGUUUAUGAGGCCUUUAGGUUUACUGAAUCUUAUGGAGUAAUCUUCCAAUGCAACGUCAAGUACUGUCUCGGACCCUGCGAACCGGCUGUAUGUGAAUGGGGCCGUGAAUCCGUGGAGUCAUGGGGCAAAAGACGAAGAAGGAAUGUCGUGAAUGCCACCGAAGAAAAAUCGGACGACAUGACUUUAUCUCAGGAAAUUCUUGUUCUGGACUUUGGUGAUGAGAAACAGACUGACUUUUUGAAGAAUGACGCCAGCAUAGAUUUUAACGAACUCGAUAAAACCAUAACAAUUGAGAGACCAUGUCCAACGGCCGGUUCUCUGUUGGCGAUGCGAGUGACCUGCGCUCUUCUGGUUCUCAUCUACAUCUCAACGCUCUUCUGUUACUACAUGAAGAAAUGGGUAACACCGCGCAAGAUGAUGCCUUAAGAAGAUAUUUCUGGGAACUUUAGAAAUUAUGAAAAAGAAAGCGAGAACUGUGUGCGAGACAGAUGAAUGAAACUGCCUAGAAAGAAAGAGAACGGGAGCGGAAAAGCUUAGACGCGAAAUGUAAUAUAAAUCAAUAUUCCAUACACAUUCAUAUCUGAAAGAAUACUUCAAACCCCGUGCGCUUGCCAUAAAGUGCCGGCACAUGAUUAUCCUAAGAUCAUCAUAUAGCGGGGCACAAAUGUCGAUAUUUGUUCACGUCACAUUUAUUUAAGAACACUAAACAAACAUUCCCUAACUGCUUCAUUAUCCUUCGGCUACUUUUGAUCGUGUUGCAAAGAAGCCCGCUCUCAGGGGUCCGAUGGAGGAUUCGGGAAAAAUUUGAUUUUUUUGACUUCACUUUUUUUAUUAUUAUGUUUUUUUGCGAAAACAUCUUUGGACUGACAGACAACGUUCCGCCCCUGAUUUAAUCACGGAUGCAAUUGCAACUCGUCUCGAGACUAGCGACUAGCGGUAUGUAAAUGUUCACGCUUGACUAACGUCUCUAAUGACAUAACUAUUUAAGUCACACUAGAGUUUAGGAUUUAAGCGACAACUAGGCUAAAAGAAAACACCUUUAUAAGACCAGAACUGGGCUACCACUCCCAGUAAUACGCAAAAUGCAAAAUUUAAUUUUUAAUUCGAAAUUGCAUUCAAGCUGUCACUGGCAAAAUAUUCGCUUUUAUAAUGAGCUAAGUAUCUUUUUGAAUAAAAUUGUGCAAUAAAAAUAUGCGAUGGAACACGCGCAAAUGAGUUUCCAAUUCCAAAUUAGGAAUAAAAAUGUAGUGAGAAAAAAUGGCAGCGUGAUUGUGAAUCUCUGAGUAUGUGUUGUUUUUCUCUUUUGAGUCAUUAAGUAAUUUCUAUUUAAACUCAAUAUCUAUACUUUCCAUCAGCUUUUAUUUAAACCUUUACUUUUAUAAGUUUUGCAAUUUCAUAAACUAUAAAUUCAUCAAAGUAAUCAGUAAAUUUGAUUUUUAAAUUUAUUGUUGAUAAAUUAAAUAAUUCUUUACAAAAAAUCAAUGAAUAUAUUUAAGCCUUGCUCUGAAAAGAACAAGUAGUAUUUCUUUCGCGACGAUUCGUACAUUUCGGAGAAAAAUUUUGCCAGAUCUCACGAAAAAAGUCACAUCGUAAAUAGGUCGGCGGUAUUUAUUGUAUUAUUAUUAAUUUUGUAAUCGCAUUACUUGCUUGGCACUUAGAUUUAGAAAUUUAGGCAAAUCAAAUGUGACGAGGGUUAAAUUUCUUCGCCUCUGAUAAAAUCUUCUUUUUCACGAAUUUUGAGAGGAUUUUAACUAAAGGUAAAUAAAUCGUAGUCCAAGUUUUUUAUUGGAAAAGGGUCGUCGCGAAAACGAAACUCCAUGUAGUUUUGAAAGCAUUAGUAUACGAGUGCCCGUUUUAUUCGGACAUCGUUUUUACUUUUUGACUAUUCUUGUAGAGGAGUUACUCCGAUACCACCAAGUGUACUUAUUUACACAAACUGUAAAUCACAACGUAUCCUUUACUUCGCAAUGCCGAUGUCACUAUUUGCAGAAAGAUCAAAAGAUUUCUUUUAUCUUUGUAAAAUCCUAUCCCAAGGCUAAAAAAUUCAAUUAAGAAGAAAAUAAGAUCACUUUUUUAAAUUGAAAAUGUCGAUCUUGCACUUAGAUAUACAUACUUAAAAAAUUCUAUCUAUUGUUGCAUUUAUUGAAAUAAAAUAUCUUGCUUUCUGGUCUUUUUUACUCAUCUCAAAACUCUGUGCGAGGUGAUGCGAUACCAGUGAGGAAUGAACUCCCUCAAUAUUUUAGAAAACAAAUUCAUGAGAUUAUAUAGACUGUAAGACAAAUUUUUCUUCAAAAUGAGGAAAAUUAUUUAAGACCUGGGAAAAUAGUGUUUGUAAUAGCCAAGUUAAAAAAAAACAUGACUUUCAACUAUGAUGAAUAUUUCGUCGGCAGCAGGGAAAGGGUCAUCAAUUCGCAAAAUUAGAUUAGAUACCGUAUAAUUCGUAUUAUGUGUACGUCCUCGAUAUAGUGUUGAAUUGAAAAUCCACCCUCGCUAGGUUGAAAAAUAAAUGAGGCGCAAAAUGGAAAAAUGUAUAUAUUUGACGGAUGGUAAGCCUUCAUCCGACAUAAGCAGCUAUGCAUCAUGUAUCUUAUAUGUAUUUGUAUUCUAUUUAUAUACACGUCUGUUUUAUUAAUUAAAUGAGAUCAAUUCUGAUAA